UUCAAUGACAAACAUUUCAGUAACCCCAUUAUAAAUACUAACCUAAUCCUCUUACAUAACCCACAGCCAAAAACAUUUCUCAUUAUAACAUUUAGAGUUUCCUAGCAUACAUACAUACACAAUUCUAGACAGAUUUUCAAGAUGUCUACCGGCUUUAUUCUUUUAGCAUUCAUUGCAUUUAGUUUCUCCUUUACCUCCGCAUCCGAUCCCAGCCCUUUACAGGAUUUCUGUGUUGCUGUGCGCAACAGCCCAGGUAUUUUCGUGAAUGGAUUUGUGUGCAAGGAGCCAAAGCAAGUUCAGGCUGAUGAUUUCUUCUUCACGGGACUUGACAAACCAGGCAACACAAAUAACAAGGUUGGGUCCAAUGUGACCCAAGUAAACGUAGCCCAGAUAGCAGGACUCAACACCCUCGGAGUCUCUUUGGUUCGUAUAGACUAUGCACCCUAUGGUCUCAAUGCACCCCACACGCACCCAAGGGCGACCGAGAUCUUAACAGUCUUGGAGGGCACCCUUUACGUCGGAUUUGUCACUUCCAACCCUGACAAUCGCCUCAUAACAAAGAUCCUUCAGAAGGGUGAUGUGUUUGUCUUCCCAAUAAACUUGAUUCAUUUCCAGUUUAACAUCGGCCACACCAAUGCCAUAGCGAUUGCAGGGCUGAGCAGCCAGAACCCGGGAACCAUCACCAUUGCAAACGCUGUGUUCGGAUCAAAUCCACCCAUCUCAGAUGAUGUUCUUGCCAAGGCAUUCCAAGUUGAUAAGAAAAUAAUUGAUUAUCUGCAAUCUCAGUUUGGAAUGAAAAACUAGAGCAUGCCCUCUUACAGUAAACUCCCUCAGCAAUA